CCCGGUGGCGAAUGAGUAACACACAUUGAAAGGAGCGACAGACAGCAGCUCUCUGUUCGUCUUUCUGCCGGUGUUGUUCGUGGCCGCGGGGACAGGUCAUACUGCAGUGAUGUUAUCACUCCUCUUCUUCCUCCUCCCUCCCUUCUUCCUCUUCACACCCACCUGGGCGUUGGAGUUUCGGUAUCACAACAACCAUGAGAUUGAGCAGUACCUCAAGCAGGUCAGCACCUCCAAUCCCGACAUAACACACCUGUACAGCAUCGGCCAGUCUUCAAAAGGUCAGCAGCUGUGGGUGUUGGCUUUGGGUGUCAGUCCUCACCAGCACACAGUUGGCAUCCCAGAGUUCAAAUAUGUGGGUAACAUGCAUGGAAAUGAGGUUCUUGGGCGAGUGCUGCUCCUUCAGCUAAUAGAUGAGCUGGUGCGCAGUUACCGUAGCAACGAAACAUGGUCCUUAAGGUUGCUGAACAGCACACGCAUCCACAUCCUGCCGACAAUGAACCCCGACGGCUUUGAUGUAGCAGACAAGGACUGCUACAAUGGCCAGGGCAGGUACAACGGCAACGGCAUUGAUCUGAACAGGGACUUCCCGGAUGCUUUCGCUGGUGUCCAAAGUCAGCAGGUCUUUGAGGAGAGAAGGGAAGCUGAGGUCCAAGCAGUGAUUGGCUGGUUGAGGACGGAGAGUUUUGUUCUCUCUGCAAACCUUCAUGGAGGUGCUGUGGUGGCCAGUUACCCCUACGACAACAGCAAUGGAGGUAGCGAACUGGUGGGCGGGGCUAGCAUCGCUCCUGAUAAUGACGUGUUUGUUCACCUGGCUAAGGAGUACUCCCACAAUCACGCCUCCAUGUACCAAGGUAACCUCUGUAUGGACAGCAGGCCGUUCCUGGAGGGCAUCACCAACGGAUUCCAGUGGUAUCGUCUGGAAGGUGGGAUGCAGGAUUACAACUAUGUGUGGGGGCAGUGUUUGGAGAUCACUCUGGAACUGUCCUGCUGCAAGUUUCCUCCAGCCAGAGAGCUUCCUGCUUUGUGGAACGACAACAAAAAGGCUCUGCUGGCCUACAUCCAGCAAGUCCACCUGGGUGUCAAAGGUCAAGUGUUUGAUGGUUCAGGCGUGCCAGUGGAGAACGCAGUUGUGGAGGUCAGAGGUCGCAGGAAUAUAUGUCCAUUCAGAACCAACCAACACGGGGAAUACUACCGUCUGCUGCUGCCUGGGAACUACACAUUCACAGUAACAUAUCCAGGUCACGAGGUUUUGACAAAGACUCUCAGUGUCCCGUAUGGUCCGGAUCAAUACUCUGCCCUUAAACAUGACUUCCUGUUACGACGCAUAGCCCGAACGACUAGACGGACGGUGGGUAGCGCUACCCAAACUGAUGCCACCCCUACCUGUAACUACACUUUACAACAGAAAGCGGGUGGACCCAUGAACAGGCCCACAUGGAGCAGCCUGGCUAUAGGGCUCAGCAUGGCGGCAGUGCUGCGAUCCCUGAUCGACUGAAGUGAAAUUGCCAGCCAGUGUUUGCAGAUUAAGAGAUUACAUGAAGAGGUAGGUGGAGGAAGUAAGAAGUAAAACCUGAAGAGCAAACAAUUCCAAAGCACCACCUGGUGGAGGCAACUCACAGCAAGUCUGUCAACUUCAAAUUCUCUUACUGUGUCGAUUAUGAUGAGGUUUAUUUUACAUAAAGACUUAUAAAUGCCAGUUGUCCUCUUUGAAAGCCAACAGGAAGUUAGUGAUGCUGAUUUGGCUGCUUGGUGACACAGUUGGUGAUUGUAUUUGCAGCACUGCUUCCAUAAAGCUGUCCUUCUCCGACUCAUGACACACAGUCGUAAGCAAAUAUGAAAAAAUCCUCUUGCAAAUGAUAGAAAAAAUGAUACUCCUUAUAACUGCAGAACUUGGCUUAAAAUAAUCCACAUUUUAGAUUUUCUUCUGGAUCAGAGUAAACCAGAGAUACUUGUGCACACAGCCAUGACAGCACUGCAAACAGAAAGUGUUAAAAGCUAAUUUGGCAUAUUUUUAAUGGCCAAAAUGUAAAGAAAUAAAGCAUAACAUGGCUCAGACUUUAGCCCAAACAUUACACUUCCUGUUUGUAUCCCUAAAGUAACCAAAUUAUGUUGCUUUCUAAUAUAAAUAUGAGAAGGAUGGGACCCACAGUUUUAUUUAAAACCUCAGGAUUUAAACCUGAACCAUCAGCCUCAGCACAUACAGUAUCUGUACGCAGUUUAUAUUUAUAUACAGUGUGUAUGUAAAUGUGUAUCUAAUUCAGAGCGGCUCGGGUGACACAACAAAGACCGUAAAUCUGAUUUAAACUCCACACAGAGCAGCACCGAGUCAUUGUACCCGCCCUCAGGACACAAACUCAGCAUCCUUCUGCAGAUUUUUUUCCCCAGAUUUAAACAUUAUUCUUGCCAAAUGUCUUUUUCCACUUUUGUACUGUUUUGUAUUAAAUAUGCUUUAUAACAGUCCUCUGUGUCAUGUUGGGAAUGUUGUGACUGCAGGCUUCAGUCACUUUUUUAUGUUUCUUCUGUUUCAAUAAAAUUAAAAAGUAAAUUCUGUCUCAAAGCCGACCUGAAGUAAACCCACUGCUCAGUCAAACUGGUUCUUGAUGGAAAUAUGAUUUUAAUAUAAAAUGAUUAAAAAGUAUAACAAAA